GGCACGAGCUGGACAUAGAUUCCAUUCGUUGCCGGCUCCCUCCGUCAUAUAUUCGAACAACAAUGCUCAGUUCGCAACUUGUUCGGACAAGUCCCCACCGUUUCCGCAUGCCGCAUACCAUGCGAACUUCGCAAUUCGCCUUUUUCCGCGAUGCAGGACGCGCGCUUCGGUGCGUCUGUCAACGAUCACUUGACCAAUUUACUCGGUUUCCGACCCAUUGUACUUUACGACACUCGAGUUGACACGAUCGACGAAUCGUUGACGUUAUCGCGGUCUAGGAAGGGGCAACAGCUCCCCAACUUUUCCACCCUUUCCAGCCAAGAGCUCGACGAAAUCGACGCCGAAUGCUCGUCAUGUGUGUCUUCACACCACCACCAAGAGGCAAAGACCCCCACAGAGCAAUAUCUUCCACCUCGAGAGCGAGAAUUCGCUGUAGGCGACGCGAUGUUCAACUAUCGAGCAUUUGGCAGUUUACGCACUGGACUUGCUCCCAUUGCUUUAUUCAGUCGAUGGCACGCCGGACUUGCUGCCACCGCCGUCAUCUCAGGAGCGACACUCGCUGUUAUGCGCGCUGCGUAUCGUCUGCGCUUAAUUGCGACGAUGCAUGAUCGUUUCCAGGGGGAUUACGAUCAAGGAACAGCUCUACUGGAUUGGGGCGACAUGCUCUCGGUAUUUCUCGGACUCUUUUCGGACUGCGUGCCGAUAUAUGGCACUCGACGCAAAGCUUACAUCGCUCUUGGAUGGAUUUUCAGUGCACUGAGUUACGGUAGCGUCUACGCGAUUCACUUGCGCGAGAUUCGCGACGUCAAGGAGCCUGACGCCAUCUACGGACGUCUACUGGAGGCGUGGAGUAUCAUAGGCAGCUUCGCGCUCCAGUUGUCGUGGGUGGCAGCUUUGGCGUUGAUCGUGGGAUUCGGACAGCGAGAGGCGCUAAGUGAACGCGGUGGGCUGGCCACGUUGUUUCUGAUACUCUGGCAGACGGGAGCGCUAGUCGCUCACUGCAUCGUUGCUUUGUUCCAGUCGAGACUUACGCUGUCAAACACUAGCGCUGUCAUCGCUGUGGCUUCUUUGGUUGUUCUGCCCUUCGUGGUAUGUUUUCUACACGAAGACGACGACCAGGAGUCGGCAGCGACUGUGCUAUCGACCAAGCGAGUUGGGGUUUUGCCAGCUUUGCGCACGGGAGUUCUUCAGCUGUGGGAGGUUUGCCAAGAGAAAGUGACGUAUCGAGUGUUCUUGUUCUUGGUGGUAUACACAGUGCUGCUCAACGCCUGCGACCCCGAUGUGGACCGAGCUCUAGCCACUUGGAGUGGCUUUGAAGACGCAGAUCCUUGGGUGUUGGUGAUAAUAAGCGGGGUCGGAGUUGCGGCUUUGAUCCACGCGAAAUGGAGACUGUUGACCACUGCGUGGCGAUCCUUGGCCUUCGUUGGUGUCGGGGUCGUAGUCGUCGCUGCUACUGUUCGAGUUGCGAUCAUUACGACGGAUACUGGGCGUGCUAAAUGGUUCUUCUCGGUCUUUACGGGUCUCGUCAUGUGGCCCAAGGUGUGGAUUCUCCUGUUUACACUAUUGACAGCAACGGAGAUAGCGCAUGUUGGCUGCGAGGGAGUCACUAUGGGGCUUGUACUUUCAGGUCAAGGACUCGGCACUUCGGCAAUGAAUGCAGUCACCAGGUGGAUUAAUAACUCCACGAGUACGCGAAUAACCCAGAGUCUGGUUGACGAAGACUCACACAGCACAAGAACUCGUGUCCUGCUCAUUGCAGUUGCGUACGCUGCCGUCAAUUUAUUCGCUGCAGCCUCCGUGCUAUGGCUCCCACGCUCCAAACUUGAGGCCCAACAACUGCGAACAUUCGGAGGUUACAGCAGAAAAGGUGCCACGCUGAUCGUGGUGCUGUUCGUUGCGCUACUAGCGCUCGCCAUCGUCGCAAACUUUGAGAUCGUUUAGCAUCUGAAGGUUUUCUCACUCUCACAGACCAGAGUACUUACAAUAUUA